GCUUGAGGGGCGGUCAGAGGGUGUCCGGCGUUGCCGCGGUAACGGCCGCCCCGGGCAUGGCGGCGGGGCGAGCCCCGCGGUUGGUGGUUGGCAAUAUAAAGUGGAAAUAGCAAAGCUACUUAGGAUUGUGCUGAAAAUGCUGGGAGAGAAAAAUCAAGACAUUGUGAAAAGAGACCUUUACAUAGACCCCACGUUUCCAGCCAGUGAUACCUCUAUAUUUUUUGACUAUUGUACCCCACUUUCCCAAUUCAGAGGUGAGAUAAGUUGGUUGAGACCUAAGGACAUUUGUUCUAGCCCUCGGUUAUUUUCAAAUGACCUGCAGGAUGUGCAAGUAAAGCAAGGGAUUUUGGGAGACUGUUGGUUCCUGUGUGCCUGUGUAGCUUUGCAGAAGAGUAAAUACCUAUUGAAUAAGGUAAUCCCUCCAGGUCAGCCCAGCUGGACAGAUGAGUCUUAUCAAGGCUGUUUCACCUGUCGAAUCUGGCAGUUUGGACACUGGGUAGAGGUGACCAUCGAUGAUCGCUUGCCUUGCCUUGGUGGGAAGCUCUGCUUUUCCCAGUGUCAGACAGAGGAUUUGUUUUGGCUUCCACUACUUGAAAAAGCUUAUGCAAAAGUACAUGGGUCUUAUGAACAGCUGUGGGCAGGACAGGUGGCAGAUGCAUUGGUUGAUCUGACUGGAGGAAUUGCUGAAAGGUGGACUCUGAAGGACCCUGGAAGAAAUGCAGAGAAAGAGAAGACUGGCUUGGUUUUGGAGAAAGCAGUGUUUAGAAGACUGAUGAAUCUGAAGGAACAGUGUGUAAUAAGCUGUGCAGUCCUUAAUUCCAGACAAGGUACAAGUGAACUAGGAGAAUUUCAUGCCUUCAUUGUGAUAGACACGUUGAAUCUGUCUGAAGUGUCAGGCAAGGAAGUCUUUCUACUACGAAUACGAAAUCCCUGGGGGAGGCGGUGCUGGAAAGGUCCCUGGUGUGAGGGUGGUCAAGGAUGGAAUCAGCUAGAUCCAGUGCUUGCCUCACAACUGCUCUCGCAGAUCCAAGAGGGAGAAUUCUGGGUUGAUGAAGAUGAGUUUUUCAGGGAAUUUGAUGAGAUUACCAUGGGCUUUCCAGUCAAUGAGGAAGGACAACUUCAGAGCCUCUAUACAGAGAAAGUGCUGCAUCACUCACAGAAUCUUUUUGGAUCCUGGGUGAGAGGCCAGUCUGCAGGUGGCUGCCGUAACAACAGCAGCUUCCCUACCAACCCUAAGUUCUGGCUGAGAGUCUGUGAAAAGAGCGAAGUGUGCAUUGCUCUGCUGCAGAAACAUAGGAAAUACAGUGCCGACUGGGCUGGAAGGAUUCAAAAGCUGACUGACUUAGUAGAGGAAAAUCUGUCUUUGACUGAGGGCAGACAGAGGAAGAAUUACCAGGCUGUGGGACUGCAUGUCUGGAAGGUGGAGAAGAAACGAUUUAACCUUCCAAAGACCCUCUCUGCUCCUCCAGUUGUAGGUACCGUCUGCCAUUCCUAUGAUAGAGAAGUGCAUGUGUGCUGUGACCUUUCACCUGGCUUUUAUCUUGUUGUUCCCAGCACUUUUCUGAAAGAUGCUGUAGGAAAUUUCUUGCUUCGUGUAUUCUCAACAGGAAGGAUCUCUCUCAGUGAGCUAAAGCUGCCACCCACCAACGCUGCUCUCUGUGAAGAACUCCCAGCAGGUGAAUGGGAGACAGUGCAGCUGCACGGAUGCUGGAAAACUGGGCAAAGUGCUGGAGGUAGCAGGAACUUCCCCUCCUUCUGUAUCAAUCCCUGCUUUCCCCUCUCCAUUCCUGCAGGACAAGGAAAAAGCAGUGUGAAAAUUACCCUCCGUCAGCACUGCCAAGAUAGCAAGUGUCGUCCUAUAGGUUUCCAUAUUUUCCAGGUGCCUAACAGCAGUUGGAAACCACAUACUUCCUCUUUUCUACACUUGGAGCCACUGAUUAGCUGUGUACCUCAUUGCUACUCACAGGAAGUGAGCCAACUUUGCAGACUUCCUGCAGGAAAUUAUGAAGCGGAUUCACAGCCGGGAGACACUUGGACAGGUAUUGCAAGAAAUUUCGUUUACAACUGUGAUGAAAAGAUAAUCUGGAAAUCUCAUGCUGUCCUUUUGAGAAACAUCAGAAAGGUGAGGAAUGCCUCACCUCUCACCAUUGUCAGUUUCAAAUGGAAUAACAAGAUGCUUUCAGCCCAGCUGAUUUUUCAUUGGUACGAACUAUCAGGCCUGCAGUCACUUCUUUGUAAAAAUACCUCCUUAAUCAUGUAAACUCUGCAUACUUGCUCUUUGUGUGGUUUUUAUGCAACCAGCAUUUUACAGUAAAUCUUCAUAAGGUACCUCAGUUCUUUAAAAGUACAGGUGAAGAAUGCGUGCAUGUUCCAGCGGUUUUAGAAGAAACCCAGAAGACAUAGGUGCAUUAUUAAAUAAUCCUUGGGGAAAAAAGAAACAAUAAUAAUCAAGCUGACAGAAUAACUUCAGGGGACACAAAGGAAAGAAACUGGAAUCUUUUUUUUCAGGUAGGACUUACCUCAAGAAUGAUUAAAAUACACUGGAGCAGAGAAAGUCCAAGUUUGUAUUUUACACUGCCAGUCAUGCUGCUGAGCACUUUAUUAUAUGGGCCUUUCAUUGAGCCAUGCAAAUGGUGAGUUGAAAAGAAGGAUUUUUUUGGGGUGAGUUUUUCUUUGAUGAACACCACAAAGGAGUAAGAUAAGACUUGAAAAGUUACUGUUUAUGAAUUAUCCCAUCAGACUGCUUUUGUAAAUCUGCAAGAAUGUUUUCUGCAAGGUCUGCCCUCACCCUAAGAAUAUGAAGUUUGAGAGUUUUUUCUUAAUUUAUGCUUGAAAAUAUUUCUUACUCAAGGAGGAUUUUUUAGAUGUUAUAUUUUCCUCAAUAAAAAUGGAGUAAUGUUGAAA